AUGGUUUGCUCUACCCCCCUCCAAAGUUGGGAGUUGUCACUGACCAUCCAUUCCUUCCCAGAGUCCAUCUGGGCCGCCAGCCCCUCCACCUCCAGGGGCCAGCCCACUCAGCUUUCUUCGGACGCCAAAGGCGAACGACUUGCCUAUGCGGCGAACAAAUCCAUUUUCUUACGAUCCAUCGACGACCCCGCCGUCGCUAAGCAGUAUACCGAACACAAGGCGCAGACGACCGUAGCCCGCUUCUCGCCUUCCGGGUUCUACGUUGCUAGCGGCGAUGCUACGGGUUUGGUGCGAGUUUGGGACUGUAUGGGCGACGGAAUUACCAAGGGCGAAUACAGUAUCAUCAACGGCCGCAUCAAUGACCUCACGUGGGACGGGGAUUCUCAGCGUAUCAUCGCCGUGGGUGAUGGGAAGCAGCGGUACGGCCACUGUAUUACGUGGGACAGUGGCAACACGGUCGGCGAGAUCUACGGCCACACGCAACAGAUCAACUCUGUCUCCAUCCGACAGCAACGACCUCUGCGAGCUGCCGCUGCCGGCGACGACAAGAACCUGGUUUUCUACCACGGCGCCCCAUUCAAGUUCAACACCGGAAUUCGAGACAAGCACACUAACUACAUUUACGGAGUGGGUUUCAGCCCCGACGGCUCAACCCUGGUCAGCGUUGGCGCCGACCGGAAGAUCUGGCUCUACGAUGGCAAGACGGGCGAGGCUAAGGGACAGAUCGGGGAGGGCGAACACAAAGGUAGCAUCUUGGGGGUCUCGUGGUCCAAGGACUCGCGGAAGUUCGUGACGGCGAGUGCUGAUAAGACCGUCAAAAUCUGGGAUGCCGAAGCGGGCAAGGUUUCUCAAAGCUGGAACAUUGGGGGAGAGGGAAGCACGAAUGUCAACGACCAGCAGGUCGGCGUUGUCUGGCCCCCCAACCGCAGCGACAACCUGCUCAUCAGUUUAUCACUGAGCGGUGAUUUGAACUAUCUCGUGGAGGGAACCCCGGAGCCCCGGCAGGUGGUUCAGGGCCACCAGAAGAACAUCACGUCAUUGACGUCCUUUACUUCCAGCAGCGACAGUAACGACAGUAACGAGACUCUGUGGACUGGAAGCUUUGAUGGUAGGGUCUGCAGCUGGGAUGUUCCGUCCGGAACUGCGGAGGAAGUGGACGGUGACAGUCACUCGAGCUACAUCGCCGGCCUGGCACCAACUCGAGAGGGAUCCGGAAGAAUCUACAGCGUCGCGUGGGAUGACACCAUCCGGUCCGUCGAUAUCGGUGCCAAAACAUACACCGGCAGCUCCUUCAAACUGGCCGGACAGCCCAAGGGCAUCGCCGCCGGAGAUGGAACGGUGUUGGUGGGGACGCCCGAGAGCGUGGAGAUUUACAAAGAUGGACAGAAAAUUGGGGACUUCCAGCCUAGCUUCCCGGUCACCACGGUGGCUGCUCAUGGUAACACAGCCGCUGUUGGUGGGGAGAACUCGUCCGUUCAGAUCUGUGCCCUUUCCGGCUCGAGUCUCGCCCCCAAGGCUGACAUCAAGGCCUCCCGGAACCCGGUCUCUGCCCUGGCCUUCUCUCCGGAUGGUUCGUUGUUGGCGGUUGGCGAUUCUCGGGGUCGUGUGCUCGUGUAUAAGGUUGCUGAUGGCAGCCUUGUCACCGAUCGCUGGACAGCCCACACGGCCCGGAUUACCUCGAUCGCUUGGAACGAGGACGGUACCCACGUCGUGAGCGGUUCGUUGGAUACCAACAUCUUUGUGUGGAGCUUGGCCAACCCAGGAGACUGGCUGCAGGUCUCCAAUGCACACAAGGAAGGAGUCAACGGUGUUGCGUGGAUUGCAGGAGGAUCCAAGAUCGCCUCUGCCGGAGCUGACGCUUCUGUCAAGCUACGGCAGGCAACAUUUGUCUUACCGCGAACAGGCCAACGGCUAAAAGGCCUGGUCAAUCUGCGCAAUCCUUACUCAAGCUCGAACGGUAACCACAACGACGAUGGCGGCGAUGACGAUGACGAACAGCUCGGGCUUCUGUCGGGAGAGAUAUCCGAAGAUCGAUCAGGUCUUCGCGCCCGUUUACAGGAUAGAACAUUGCAAAUAGGGCGUCGGGCGAAGCAGGCGGCCUCUUCAGAGCUUGGAAUAGGAGUCCUGAAAUGCAGUCUCGCCUACCUACUGGGGUCCUUGGCCACGUUUGUGCCGGCCAUUUCGUCUUUCCUGGGCCAUCAAGAUGGCAAGCAUGUGGUGGCCACCGUCACGGUUUACUUCCACCCUGCUCGAUCGCAGGGUAGUAUGUACAAAGCCCUGAUAUGUGCUUUCCUGGCCUUCCUUUACACCGCCUUCAUCUCCGUCACAAGCAUGUGCGUGUCGAUGUUUUUCCAGGAUAUGAAUCUCCUCCCCGUGGGCCACGCGAUAGUCCUGAUCGUGUUCUGCGGGGGUGGCCUGGGGUUCAUAGGAUGGACUAAGCAGAAGCUGGCUGAUCCUCUCGUGAACGUUGCCUGCUCUCUGGCGUCACUCUCCACGAUUACAGUCCUGACUAAAGAGGGCGCAGUGCAGAGUGGAGACUUGUCCUUCGCGAAGAUAUCCCAGGUGCUGAAAAUGGUCGUGAUGGGUGUCACAGUCACUAUGGCGGUGUCAUUUGUCAUAUUUCCCAUCUCCGCGCGCAAAAAGCUUCGCUCGAACCUCACCACCGUCACUGAGACGCUGGCCACCAUGCUGGCUCUCAUCACGGAGAGCUUCUUGAGUGGCUCUGAGGAGGAACUUCAGACGGAGGAAUACGUCAGCACUGCCGCCCGGCAUAAGGCAGCGUACGGCCAGCUCGAUAAACUCGUAAGAGAGGCCAAGCUGGAACAUUCCGUAGCCGGUACAGAAAAGGAAUACCGACUGGAGAAAAAUCUAGUUCGUUGGGUGCAAGACAUCACACAUAACAUGGGAGGUCUCCGAAGUGCUGCUUUGCUUCAGUUCCAGCUUCUAAAGCAGACCAAACUUUCCGAAUCCGUGCAUUUGCAUGGCCACGUACCGGGCAUGAAUGCUGGCGUGGCUCCACUGCUGAGUCCGUGGUCAGUACAUGAGGAUCGCCCUAUUUUGGAACGAAUCGACGAAAGACCGGAGGACGAGGGCUCGGUGUUCGACACAGAUCAAGCCUCGCUCACUGCGGGCUCGGAGACCGACAUCACUCUUCUUCCUGCUGAUAUAUUUGCGCUUUUCAUCGAUCAUCUUGGUCCCUCAAUGCGCUCGCUUGCCUUCACUCUGAAAGAGAUUUUCAGGGAAAUCCCAUUCAAACCGGCUCCGGAUUAUAAGGUCUCGGUCAAUUGCACGUUCCGCACGAGUCUAGACCGAGCUCUUGAACUGUACCGAGCAUCCCGAGUGGAGGCAUUGAAUACUAUCUACCGACAGAAAGAGGUCUUGAAAAUCCAAAGUCUGGAGGUUGAGGCCGACCUUGAAGAGGUCGCCGCCAGCUGCGGUCAUUUUAGUUUCUCCCUUUUGGAGUUCGGCGAGCAGCUAAAGGACUUGCUCACCAUCUUAGACGAGCUUCAACUUGAGGCCGAAGAGAGGCCGCACGGGAGGUCCUGGAGUUGGCUCAAGUUUUGGCGUCGAAACAAGGAUGCACCAGCACGCCAGGGCGGUUCGGAUACGGAGCAGCCAUCAACGGAGUCAAAUACUACUCGAGUCGACAACAUCCAGCAGUUGAGUGUAAAUACCUCGUCGAAGUCUCGAAACCGACCGGCAUCGAAUCCCCAUCCCUUGGCAGACCGGCCUGGACAGGGAAGACUUGCCUAUCGCAUCUGGAAAUCACUCGGCUGGUUCCGACGCGACGAGGUUAAAUUCGCGAUCAAAGUUGGAACGGGAGCUGCCUUGUAUGCUUUGCCCUCUUUCCUCCCGCCGGUAAGACCGGUCUACUCCCACUGGAGGGGGGAAUGGGGUCUCUUGUCCUAUAUGCUUGUCUGUUCGAUGACCAUCGGGGCUUCCAAUACUACCGGAUACGCGAGAUUCUUCGGAACCUGCUUGGGUGCGGUUUGUGCCAUCCUAGCAUGGCACGUGUCGACCGGCAACGUCUUCGCGCUUGCAUUUUUUGGGCUUCUUAUGGCAACAUAUACCGCGUAUAUCACCCUCUUCAAGGGUCAGGGGCCUAUGGGGCGAUUCAUCAUGCUCACGUACAAUCUCUCCGUGCUGUACGCCUAUUCGCUCACGCAAAAGGAGGGCCAGGAUGACCAAGACGAGGGCGGAGACAACCCGGUUAUGUCCGAGAUCGCGCUUCAUCGAGUCGUUGCGGUGCUGUCGGGCUGCAUCUGGGGCAUUAUCAUCACGCGGGUGAUCUGGCCCAUCAGCGCGCGUGGAAGACUGAAGGACGGCCUUAGCCUUCUGUGGCUCCGCAUGAGCUUGAUCUGGAAACGCGGCCCCUUGUCCACAAUGGCCAACACCUUUGACUCGGCAGGCUUCGUGAAUCCGCGGGAGAAGUUAGAAAUCGAACGGUUCCUGUCACAUCUAGAAUCGCUCCAAGCGUCCGCCCGCUCGGAGUUCGAGCUAAAGAGUGCAUUUCCCGAUGCCGCAUACAGCAACAUCCUUCGGCGGACACGUAGCAUGGUGGAUGCGUUUUUCGCCAUCAACCUUGAAUUGGUCAAGAAUAUGACCGCCUCGGAAGGUGAGCUCGCGAUUUUGGAGUACACUAUGCAGGAGCGACUGCAACUGUCGUCACGCAUUAGCCAUCUCCUAUCUGUGAUGGCUUUCUCUAUGAAGUUGGGAUACCCGAUGAGCGACGUCCUUCCGAGUAUUGAACACGCUCGAGAUCGGCUUUUGGCUCGCCUCUUCCGUUAUCGCAAAGACCCCGAGGCAUCUCGACUGUCCACCGACGAGGAUUAUGCCUUGCUCUAUGCGUACAUUCUUGUUACCGGUCAGUUAUCCGUCGAAAUCGAGGAAAUCAUGGGGGAGAUCUCCCUCUCUCUCUUCCCUCCCCUCCCCCCUCCUCUCCCCACACUCCCUCUUCUCCCCGGCUUCGCGCAGCCCCGUCGCGCUCUCCCUGCAAGCCUCGCAACCAUGCAGAUCGACCCGGCUGCCCUGAGUCGAACGGAACCUGCCUCAACCGCAAUCUCAUCAUCAUCAAAGAAUGCCGCUCCCACCGCUUCAGCGACCCAGAAGUCGACCAAGGCGCUGAUUUCCGUUCCGCGCUUGGACCUCGAACCCAUCUACACGGAGCUGAAGGCUGCUAUCGGUGACAAUUGGGCUGAGUACAAAGAGGCCACCACGCUCUUUCUGCUAGGGCAGCUGAACCAGAGCGAAGUCUCGGCGCGCGUCGACCAUAUUAUAUACGCGGAUCAGAAAACCGAGCAUCUCCACAACAAUUUUAUAUGCGCGGUCAUUGGAAACCUUACCAGAGACCUUCCGGAUCAUGGCAUUGCAAGCUGGGUGUCGGCCAACGACAAACCGUCGGUGGUGUCGAAGCCGACCUCGGGGGACGCGGCGGAGCAGAGGCUCAAGACCGAAGUCAUGCAAUUGCCGCCCCGAGAUCGUCGAAGGCUCAAAGCGAUUCCAGAGCGCGAUCCCAAUGAGCUUGGGCCCAACGAGUUGGAGGAGUACCACUUGGCGAAACAGAUUAAAUUGCCCAGCCAGGUACCAGCGAGCGCUGGUGGCUUAAACAAGACGAAUUGGGAACUGGAAAUUCGAAAACGUUAUGCGCAACCCCUGGCAUCGGAAACGGGCGAGUUCCCAGAUGCCGAGUCUAUACAUGCCCGUAUGAUCCCGAUCUGUUACGAGGAGUCGAUCGUCAGCGGUGCAGGAUUUCCCUGUGCCGAGUUCAUGGCAAUCGCCACCGAAACGUUCGUGAAAGAAAUCCUUUCCGUGGUCUUCUCACGCACCCGAUCCAAUGGGCCCUCCGGCACUAUUAACGGCAUGAUGAUGCGGAAAUACCGGCAGCAGCUUGAACGUGAAGAGCUGGCAUUUACACGAGGCGAGAUCGUCAAAGACGCUGCUACUGGGUUGCUCCCCGUCGAGGCAAAGGAGGCGAGCAUCCGAAAGCCUUUAGGGGUUCGGGAUCUCCGGCUGGCUUUAGAACUUGGAGGUGGGGUCCUCAGCCAUAUGCCUUUGAUUAUCGAUCAGAUCAUGGGCGGGUACCUCGAGGACGAGCUCGAAACCGACAAACAAGACCGAGACGACGAGGCGGCUGAGGCAGCCCAUGACGACGCAAGGCCAAAUAACUAUACCGAUGACAUGGACCUGGACGACGUGGAAUCCGACUGGGAAGGGGGAACAGUGGCAGAUCACUACCAACUAGGCGCUCUGCUCGACGACUGUCUCUCUAUUGCCGCCUGA